CUCAACCGUUGUGGGACCCUAUGCGAAACGGAUUUCGUGGGGCCAAGUUUGGCUGUCAGACAUGACUCAUCAAUGGCAUUUAGUAGUUGGCAUCUUAGGGACGCUAUUCACAGUUGCAGUCAGCCACACAGGUAGCUGUAGUUAUUCUAAAUAUGGCUGCUGUCCUGAUGGCAUAACACCUGCUGAAGGCUAUGGCAAUAAAGGAUGUUAUGCACCUCCAAAUGAUUAUCCCACUAAGCCUCUUACGAACGUUGGUGGCUGUAAAAACACAAGAUAUGGAUGCUGUCCAGAUGGUCGCACACCAGCAUCAGGCUAUGGAAAUAAGGGAUGCUAUCCUUAUCCUAAACCUCCAAUAGAUGUCUAUUCCCCCAAACCUCCUACAGAUAUUUAUACUUCUAAACCAGAUAAUUAUCCUAUUAAGCCUCCUUCAUAUGAUUAUCUUAAACCUCAGCCCAAUCCAUAUGAUCAUCCCACUAAACCUCCAACAAACAAUUAUCCUCCUAAUCCGCCUACGUACGGCUGUAAAAACACAAGAUAUGGAUGUUGUCCAGAUGGUCAUACACCAGCAUCAGGCUAUGGAAAUAAGGGAUGCUAUCCUUAUCCUAAACCUCCUAUAGAUGUUUAUUCCCCUAAACCUCCUACAGAUAUUUAUACUUCUAAACCAGAUAAUUAUCCUCCUAAGCCUCCUUCAGAUAGUUAUCCCAAACCUCAGCCCAAUCCAUAUGAUUAUCCCACUAAACCUCCAACAAACGAUUAUCCCCCCAAUCCUCCUACGUACGGCUGUAAAAACACAAGAUAUGGAUGUUGUCCAGAUGGUCAUACACCAGCAUCAGGCUAUGGGAAUAGAGGAUGUUAUUAAAGUGAACUUGUAUUUAGUCCGUUUAAAUAGGAUCGAUGAGCUUGUGGCACCCGACCGGAAAUGUAGAGCUAAUAUUUUUCUUUUUUUCCUUCAAAAACUUAACAUUGGAAAAAUAAAAUAUGUUUAAAAUGCCAAACAAAAA